AUGGCCGGUGCAUUACCAAAAGGAUGGGAACAACGGUUCGAUACGCAAACAAAACAAUCUUAUUUUGUUAACAUAAACACAAACGAGAAAACAACCCAUGACCCCCGUUUGCCACUGUAUCCGACUCCAAAACCACGAAAUCAUUACUCUCUACCAACGCCGGGUCAUAAUCCCGUACUUUCCCAGCAAACGUCGCAACCGUAUCAUGCAAAUUCACUUCCGAACCAUUCUCAUGCUGCAAACCGUUCAACUCCAGCAGCCUCUUAUUUGAGUAAUGCUAAUUUAUCUCCUCAAUCAUCUCCUCAACAAACAGAAAGUAUAAUUUCGGCACCUCAACAUUGCGCUUCGGGUUCUUCUCUCUUAGAACAACCAUAUUCCCCUUCUCAAAAAAAAAAUAAUAAUAUAGUUGCUCCACAUACGCCAGUGACCCAUCGUGCUAAUGAUGUUUACACGCAACAAACUGUAAAGCAUCAACCGCAAACUGUUCAAACCAUCGGUGGGCAAACACCAAAUGUUGUAUAUGUUCAACCUCAACAGCCCGCACAAAAGGUAUAUGUUCCGCAAGGAGGAAAUCAAGUAACAUAUAGUAUAUUGUCAAACCAACAACAACCUGCACAAAAGGUAUAUGUUCCGCAAGGAGGAAAUCAAGUAGCAUAUACUGUAGCAUCAAAUCAACAACAGCAACCUACACAAAAGGUUUAUGUUCAACAAGGAGGAAAUCAGGUAGCAUAUACUGUAGCAUCAAAUCAGCAUCAGCAACCUACGCAAAGGGUUUAUGUUCAACAAGGAGGAAAUCAAGUAGCUUAUAGCGUAGCAUCAAAUAAUCAGCAACAACCUACGCAAAAGGUUUAUGUUCAACAAGGAGGAAAUCAAGUAGCAUAUACUGUAGCAUCAAAUCAGCAUCAGCAACCUACGCAAACGGGUUAUGUUCAACAAGGAGGAAAUCAAGUAGCAUAUACUGUAGCAUCAAAUCAGCAUCAGCAACCUACCCAAAAGGUUUACGUUCAACAAGGAAAUCAAGUGUUAUAUAGUGUAGCAUCAAAUCAUCAGCAACAACCUACUCAAAAGGUUUAUGUUCAACAAGGAGGAAAUCAAGUAGCAUAUAAUGUAGUAUCAAAUCAACAACAGCAACCUACGCAAAUGGGUUAUGUCCAACAACAAGUAGGAAACCAGGUAGCAUAUAAUGUAGUAACAAAUAAGCAAAUUAACUCUUAUCCCACAAUGAAUGCAUCAACAGUUGUUGGGUAUAAAGCUUAUACUGCUGCAGCAACCAACAUGGCCACUCCUACUGUCGUUUCUCAAAAUCCACAAAAUACAUCGGUCUUAACAGGACAACAACAUAACGCCACAACACAGCAAACGGUUACCAUGUCUCAACCUACAGGAGUAAAUGUACAGGGACAGCAAGUUAAUUUGUAUGCUAAUCAACAAACAAUCGGACAAAAUAAUAUUAAUUCAUUAAAUAAUAUCGCUAAUCAAAGUUGUGAAGCGAUGUUUGAUGUUGGAAGAAAGGUGUUCGAUCCAAAGACCUAUUCAAAUUUAUUCUCGUCAAAUCAAUACAACCAAAAUGUAGUAAUUGUUGGUAACAAUGCGACUAAUCAACCUCAACAAAUUUCAAUUCAACAAGGAAGUCAGGCAAAUGCUGUCCAAUUGCAACAAUUAAAUAACACACUUCAAAACAAUCAAAAACUAUUGCAGCAACAAUUAAGACCAGCAGGUAAUCAAAUGCUACAUCAAAGGCCUACCGGUUCAACGCACCCUUUCUCUGGAGCAAUUCGUCCACCACGCACACAAGUAAAUACUUCUAACGCACCGCAUGCCCACGGUAAAAUACCAGGUAAACAUGGAAACUUUGGAAAACUUGGAAAGCUUGGGAAACCAUAUAAGCCAACCAAUAAUCCUAAUAAGCCAGCAAAUAAUUCUAAUAAGCCGGCAAAACAAAAUAAUCAAACUCAACAGCAGACACAAGAUUUUGCGCAAGAUGCAACUCAGCAACAGGAAGUUCAAGCUGCCGAACAAAAUGAGCAAGCUGGACAAAAUGAAGGCGAACAAGUGGAGGAUUAUUAUAAUGAAGGAACUUAUGAACAAAAUUAUGAAAAUUAUCAAGGAUUUGAAGAUGAUACUUAUUAUCAGGAAUAUUGUUACAAUGACAAUACAUAUGAAGAAGGUUGCUAUAAUAAUGGUGCUACAUAUGAGGAGAAUUAUGAAAAUACUGCUUAUGGUGGUGAAUAUGAUGCGGGUGUUACAAGUGAAUUUAAUGAAGGAUUCGAUAUAAAUUCAAUAACAGGAGGUGGGGAAGUUGGAGGUGGUGGUGGUGGCUUUGAAAUGGGUUCGAUUUUAGGAGAUGGUGGUUGCUUUGAUAUGAGUUCCUUAGCUGAGAGUUUGAUAUGA